CUUUUAUAUUUUAACACUUUGGCAACUCUGAACACAAAAAGCAAACACGAGCCGCAUCGUCAACUACACGCAGAAAUUAAAGAAAAACAUUGAAGAGUAUACUAUUUUUUUAAUUAUUAAAGUAAUAUUCAAUAUUUAUAAGAGAAAAUAGAUUCGGAGUGGCAAAAAGGCAACAGAAGUUUAAUAAAAAACAGUUUCCACAUACUGUAUACAAAAACAUAGCAACAACGUGCCGCGUGGAGCAGCACAUCCAGUUAAUAUAUUUGACAGUAUAUUUAAGCCGCAGCACUGAAUUCGUGCCACGCGCCCCUUCCGCUAGUCCACAGGAUGGUACCAAUAGGUGUUGUACACGGUCACCCAGGCGUGCAUCAACCACAACCAAUGCCCACGGCACCCUCGGGUCCCAACACCCUACAAUCUUCUUCAUCAGCAACAACUAGCACUCCGUCGAACAAGAGUUCAAUGUCUGUAAAACCGAACUAUGCGCUGAAGUUUACUUUGGCUGGACAUACGAAAGCAGUGUCCGCUGUUAAGUUUAGCCCAAACGGGGAAUGGCUAGCUAGCUCAUCGGCUGAUAAACUGAUAAAAAUAUGGGGUGCGUAUGAUGGUAAGUUCGAAAAAACCAUAUCUGGCCAUAAACUCGGCAUUAGUGAUGUCGCUUGGGCAUCUGACUCGCGUCUAUUGGUAAGUGCGAGUGAUGACAAAACGCUUAAAAUUUGGGAACUGAGCUCAGGAAAAUGUUUAAAAACACUUAAAGGACACAGCAACUAUGUUUUCUGCUGUAACUUUAAUCCGCAGUCUAAUCUAAUAGUAUCAGGCAGUUUUGAUGAAAGCGUACGUAUAUGGGAUGUUCGUACCGGCAAGUGCUUGAAGACUCUUCCAGCUCAUUCUGAUCCUGUGUCUGCAGUUCAUUUUAAUCGUGACGGCUCUUUGAUUGUAAGUUCAAGUUACGACGGACUUUGUCGUAUUUGGGAUACAGCGAGUGGACAGUGUCUGAAAACACUGAUUGAUGACGAUAACCCACCAGUAAGCUUUGUUAAAUUCUCUCCCAAUGGAAAGUAUAUUCUGGCCGCGACGUUGGACAACACUUUGAAGCUGUGGGACUACUCGAAAGGAAAAUGUUUGAAAACUUAUACAGGCCAUAAAAAUGAAAAAUAUUGUAUAUUUGCAAAUUUUUCUGUAACCGGGGGCAAGUGGAUUGUGUCAGGCAGUGAAGACAACAUGGUUUACAUAUGGAACCUUCAGAGUAAAGAAGUAGUGCAAAAGCUGCAAGGUCAUACCGACACUGUUCUGUGUACAGCAUGUCAUCCAACUGAAAAUAUAAUUGCUUCUGCAGCGCUAGAAAACGAUAAGACGAUCAAAUUAUGGAAAAGUGAUACUUAAAAUUAUCUGGCCGCUUAUUUUGCUCGGUUGCAUACUUAUAGUUUAUUGAUAAAAUUAGUUUAAGAAAUUAUUAUCAAAACCUUUAAUAUAUAGUAUGUAUCUACUUUUUAAAACAAAAACUCACAUAUAUAUAAAUUCAUCUAUUUCAUUUCUGAUAUGUAUCUGUACGAAGACGAAAUUAUCAUCCAAAUAAAGUUCUGCACCAAGA